CGGAUCGGUGACGUCUUUUUUCUACGUCACAAAGGUUACAAAGGGUUAUGCUGUGCCUAAGCGAAACACCGGGUCAUAUCAACAUUCUGAUGCCUGUACGUACAUGAAACUCUGUACGUAUGGAAGCAGUCCUGUAUCUUCGACUGAGGUCGUACAAUAUCACAGACUGCUUGUAGAUUCUUCAGCAGUACGCUGACCCCAGUAGCUAUCGAGACUCUGAGCGUAUUCGUCACAAAAAUCGCGACGCUACGUCUUGUUGACAGGUGAGGCCGUUAAGUUUCAAGCUCCAAGCAGCCAGCAAUGUCGUGCCGACGGCUACGUCGACAUACAUCGUCCAUCUUCGUCUUCCUGUUGUUCCUUCUACCGAUGUACCUCGGCAUUCUGUACGUUCUGAAAUGCGGCGACCCUAUCAUAGAUAGUUACAUCGUUCAGAAAAUGGACGUUGGGGCGCCUGUGGAGAAGUAUAAAACGUUUCUCGCGGUUUUGGUCACGACUUCGUCGAAUCACAUAGAGAAGAGGGACGCCGCUAGAGAGACGUGGCUAACCUACGGUAAUAGCAGUAUGUUCAAACGUUUUGUGAUCGGCACAGGGUCGGCAGACCAGAAUGAGGUGGCUAGACUGAACAGAGAAAACAGGGGGCAAGGAGACUUGUUACUUCUAGACAAUGUACACGACUCUUACUCCACUCUGUCGUCGAAAGUUCUUCACAUGUUGGCAUGGCUGGACAAAAACGUGGACUUCGAAUACGUUCUAAAAGUAGACGACGACUCGUUCGCAAGACUAGACGUCAUGGAGAAAGAACUGAAGCAGAGAAGCGGGGAGUCUCUCUACUGGGGAUUUUUCCACGGCGACGCUAAAGUUCCAAAAGAAGGGCCGCUAGAAGACCACGACUGGGUGUUAUGUGACCGGUACGUACCGUACGCGCUUGGGGGAGGUUACGUGCUGUCUGCGGAUUUGGUACACUACAUCGCCGCUAACGUGGACUCGCUGAAGCUCUACCGGAGCGAGGAUGUCACUGUGGGGGCAUGGCUGGGGCCGCUGAGUAUCAAGAGAGAACACGACGUCCGGUUCGACACCAUGAACCAUUCCCGCGGCUGCAGUAACCAGUACCUGGUGACGCACAAACAGUCGGAGGACGAGAUGAGGAAGAAACACCAACAUCUGCAGAAGACAGGGAGGCUGUGCGAGACGGAGUACAGGAAGGCCAAGUCUUACGUCUACGACUGGACGGUCCUGCCGUCAGCGUGCUGCAAGAAAAAAUCCGGGAUCAUUUAAAGCUGCAUUAUGUAACAUUAGAAGGACACAAACAGAUACAAUUGUUGGGGUCAUUUUUUUACAAAGGAAGUUGAAUCAACCCCU